AGGCUUGGUGAUCACCCAACUCUCCUCCCCCAUUGUACGUAUUCGGUCCUUCCCAUCACCCAUCGUUGCUACACUCGAGCCGCGCGCGAGGACCCCGCGUUGCGAUGUAAAAGGUAGGACACACCGCCACAGAGAGAAACAAGUAACGACUGGGAUAGCCUCCGAGGACAUCGCAAAGUGGGCCGUCAGCUGCCUCCUGUCCGCGUCGGCGCUCGGCAAGUAUGCCGCCUAAACGUGCGACCAUGCUCAUCGACAUACAUACGCACAUCUACACACCGCGCCUUGUGUCCCUUCUUCGCGCGCGCACCACGAACCCGCGCAUCUACACGCCGUUGCAGACAUCAUCUGAUUACAGCGCCAAUGCGGCAGCACCAGCAGUUCCCUCCGAAAUGCUCGCCAUCCUCCCCGAAGAGCCCGCCGGUGGCGGAAGACCCGUAGGCCCGCAGUACUGGUCGCGCGCGAGCAAACUCGCGUUCAUGGAUCGACACCGGAUCGACGCGAGCGUUGUCAGUGUGGCAAAUCCGUGGCUGGACUGGAUGAUGGACGAUCAUCUCCACGCUGUUUCUUCUUCCAACUCUGCUGCUGAUACCGUCCGCGGUUACACGGAUCAGGCAUGGGAAGAGGGCGUGCGGGAUAUCAUCAAAGUCGCCAAGGAGGCCAACGAGGAUCUGGUCAGCUUCUGUCUCGGAGACUCGCCAUCUACUACCCCUGAGUCGCCACAGUCGCAGGCGCCGAGCUCAUCCUCGGACUCGGUGGGAAUUACCAUCUCGCCAGGGGUUGCAAAGCCCAAAUUUACGCCCGCACUGCCGCAGAAUCAGCGCCUGCGUGCAUUCGGCAUCCUCCCCUUUGCGCAAGGCGUACCCGUGGAAGCGCUUUUGCAAGUCGUCGAUCAGAUCGCUUCCUACUCCUACUCCUCCUCCUCCUUCUCUACUGAGCACACCAAGGGCAGAGUUCUCUGCGGCGCGAUCCUCGGCACACGCGGCCUGGGUGCAGGCCUGGACGACCCGCAACUCGAGCCAUUCUGGUCACGUGUCGAAGCGAGUGGGUUGACGCUAUUCUUGCACCCUCACUAUGGAAUCGGAGGCUCGGGGAAAAAUGCAAUUGACUCGCCAGACGGCUUAUUCGGUGGCAUGCGGAAAGACGCCAACGGACACAUCCUGCCGCUUGCGCUUGGCUUCCCGUAUGAGACUGCUGCGGCGACAGCCCGACUGAUCCUGGCCGGCAUUUUGGACCGGUAUCCAAAUCUGCGCAUCCUCCUGGCACACUCGGGCGGCGCGCUGCCGCUGCUCUCGUCACGGCUCGCGUCUUGCAUAACGCAUGAGUCGUCCCAGUCGCCUGCCCGGCAGCGCCUGCAACACGACGCGCGCUACUACCUCGGCAAGCUGUUCUACGAUGCAGUCGCGUACGGACCCGAGGAGCUGUAUGCCGCCGCGAGCAUCGUCGGCCGCGCGGAGCGCUACCGACGCGGUGGGUCCGGCGUAGGCGGCACGCCGCGGAGCAUCGAGAAGGCAGCGCAAGAGGCGCGGGAAGGUAGCAGGCGCUUCGUAUUCGGCACUGACCACCCCUUCUUCCCGCCGGUCGAAGAGGAGCACACGGAAAUGAGCGACGAGCAGAUAUUGUGGCGAAGCGUAACGGAAAACCUGGCCAGUCUCGCGGCUGUGCCCGGCUGGGGUGAGGCAGAGCGUGAGGGUGUGAUGAGCGAGAAUGCCAGGCGCAUCCUUGGUCUCGACAUAUAGGUGCUUUCUGUAGCCAGUGC